GAAUCGCAUCGGCGGCAAGGUUUACACGUGCGCCUCCAAGAAUUAUUUUCAAAACUUUCGUUGCGGUAUCAGAAGAGUGAGUUCAGUUCUUCAUUCUACAUUGUUUUCGUCGAAAAAUAAAAUGGUAGACAUAUUCCCGAGGGCGGUAAAGAAAUUUUUUGCGGUAUUUUUCAUUUUUAAUAAUUGGGUAUCGGGUAAUAGCGAUACAGGUUUAUUAAAAAAUAUGAAUAAUGUUUCUGUGUAUGUGGAAUUGCCAGGUAAUAAUUCGACGUAUUAUAAUGCCGAAAAUAAUGGAAAUGUUGAACUUAAUUCACCAAUAGCUACUGAAGCAACGGAAUAUAUAAAUUUCAACGCUAGUUUCCAUAUAAUACAAGGUGCUAUCAAAAAUAUUUCAAAUCCUGAUUGCGUUAAAGAUUUUAAAUACGUUUUAGAAGCCAUAGGGCGAAAAGAGAGAUGGGCAUUAGAAAUGAUUGAUUCGUUUUCUAAGCAUCCGGAAAAUAUUUUAUACGGAAACUAUUACCAGCUUGGUAAUUUUGAUGAGUGCGUCAAAAUAAAUGAAUAUGGCGCUAAUAUCGUUAAAGUACAGUACUGUUUGAUUGAUAUUUAUUUGAAAAAAAAUUUUGUCGAUCCUUCAAAACAUACUAGAACCGAGAAUAUGGCGAUGGGGAGAAAUAGAUCGAUUUUUGAUAAAAAUUUCCUGCAUUGGUCGAUUUGUUUACCAUCUUCUUGUUCUACGCACGAUGCAGACAUAUUUGUCCGCAGUAUAUUUUCUUCGUUCUCCCCAAAAUACGAUGUUUUUAUUGAUGAUAAUCCCCCAACGUGCGAAACUGAUAAAAUAUUACCAAUAACAACUGGAGAAAUAAUUUAUGGAACUAUAGUUGGGGCGUUUUUGACAUUCACCGUCAUGGCGACGUUUUUCGAUUGUUGGUGUCUAUAUUAUCAUCGAAAAAACGUCGACGCCAACUCGAAUUCUCAACUACAAAAACAAUUUAAUACCGUAAAAGAAACGCUUGUCUGUUUCUCUCUCAUAAACACAACUCGAAGAUUUUUCCACACCAAACCGAACCAACUGAAUUUGGAAUCGAUUUGCGGUAUAAAAUUCAUAUCGAUGUUCAUUAUUUUAGUCGGUCAUUCGUUGAUAUUCAUCUUCGGGGGACCUAUUAUCAAUACGAGUUUCUUUCUCGAGACGGCCACGAAAACAGAGCACGCGAUUUUUAUAAACAGCCCUAUUAUCGUCGACACGUUUUUAUUAAUUAGUGCCUUUUUAAUGUGUCGACUUUUAUUAUUAGAACUGGAUAAAAGAAAAGGGAAAAUUAACUUUUUAAUGUUAUACAUAGCCAGAUAUAUCAGACUGACGCCUGCGUAUGCGGUUAUAUUAGGAUUAUACGUCACGUAUUUACCUCGAAUAGGUUCGGGACCGUUAUGGAAUUCACGUGUAAGCUUAGAAAAAGAAAGAUGCGAAAAUUCAUGGUGGCUCAAUCUCCUAUAUAUUAAUAAUUACGUAGGAACCGAUAAUCUAUGUAUGUUUCAAUCUUGGUAUUUAGCGGUGGAUUAUCAUCUUUUUAUACUUGCUCCGUUCGUGAUAUACCCUCUAUGGAAAAAACCGAAAUUAGGAGAAGCCAUUUUGUUUUUCUGUUUCCUAGCGUCUAUUUUCGUACCUUUUACGAUUACUUACAUCGAGGGAUUAGAUCCGACAAUGAUGGGUUAUCCGCCGGAAGUAAAUGAUCUUGGAAGGAACUUCUAUUUCGUAAAUUAUUAUAUAAAAACUCACAUGAGAUGUAGCUCCUACUGUAUAGGAUUAUUUUACGCGUAUAUGGUGCAUAAAAUACAAAGCAAUUCUGAGAAGAUACCGACAUACGCGAAUGUGUUGGGGUGGAUUUUCGCUAUAACUUGCGGAGCAGCUUCAAUUUUAGGGGUUGGAGUUUUUUACGAAUCAGAUCAUGUUCCGAAUAUAAUCGAAAACGCUUUUUACUCGGCUUUGCAUAGAGUCGGUUGGUCAAUUUCAGUCGGAUGGACACUUUUGGCUUGUGUUACUAAUAACGCAGGUUUAGUUAAUAAAUUUUUAUCCCACAAAUUUUUUAUUCCGGCAAGUAGGUUGACGUAUUGCGCUUAUUUAGCGAAUGGAUUAGUCGAAGUUUACAGCGCUGGUAUAAUGAGACAACCUGUAUAUUUGGGCAUAUUCGAACUGGUUUGUAAAACGUCCGGUCACGUCAUAACAACUUUCGCUAUGGCAUUUUUAUUGUGUAUAGUUUUUGAAUCUCCAAUUCACGGAAUGGAAAAGAUUUUAUUGAGAAACAAUACGAAAAAAAAUCAAAAAUCACAUCAAAAUGGAAAUUUAUCCGCGUGAAAAUCGGAUGUAAUUUAUAAUAGUGUUAAUUAUUUGUAUUGAAAAAAAAAUGUGAUAAAUAUUUAUUUAAUAAAGUAUACGAAAACGUU